UCAAAUUUCCAUAGCAAAGAGAGAGAAAAAUCCGAUUCCAACUCCAACUUACAUUUCUGCAGAUUAUAGUGAUUUUGAUCUCUCAGUUGAAGAAUCUGAUUUUUUGGUAAAUGUAAAAAUGGUGGCUGAAACUAAGGUUGUCUUCUGUUCGAAGAGCCUCCCUGUUUUGGAGGUCCCCUAUUUCGGUAAAGAGGCUCAUCUUGUUGAUGAAAUGAAGUCCAUCGACGGUGCGGUUCCGGUUGAUCCGACUCUCGAUCGUGUUCGCGCUUCCGAAUCGGUUUGUUCGAGUUCUCAAUCGGGUGUGAAGCAAAUUCCAGAUACCGACGUCGAUUCGAUGGAGCAGAGGGAAUUUCCAAGUCUCCGGUCGGGGAGCUUUGCUGAUAUUGGACCUAGGAGAGACAUGGAGGAUGAACACAUAAGGAUUGACGAUCUGUGUACACAUUUAGGCUCGCUCUUUAAGUUUUCUAAGCCAAGUGGUUUCUAUGGGGUGUUUGAUGGACAUGGAGGACCUGAAGCAGCAGCUUAUAUAAGAAAGAAUAUUCUUAGACUCUUUUUUGAAGAUGUUAGGUUUCCUCACAUGCCUGAUGUUGAUGAACUCCGGCCGGAGGAGAUUGAAAAUUUCUUACGAGAAGCAUUUCUUCUGGCCGAUCAAGCUUUGGCCGAUGAUUCUGGGAUUAGUAAUUUGUCUGGGACGACGGCCCUCACUGCUCUUGUGCUUGGAAGGCUUCUAAUGGUGGCUAAUGUUGGAGAUUGCCGGGCUGUUCUUAGUCGGAAGGGAGAGGCAGUAGAUAUGUCUCAAGACCACAGGCCAAUUUAUUCACCGGAGAAGGAACGAGUAGAAGAGUUGGGUGGCUUCGUCGAUGGUGGCUAUCUUAACGGCCUUUUAUCAGUUUCCAGGGCCUUGGGUGAUUGGGACAUGAAGCUCCUCCCCCAUGGUUCUCCUUCACCCCUCAUUGCAGAACCAGAAUGCAGGCAGGUGGUUCUAACAGAGGAGGAUGAGUUCUUAAUCAUAGCCUGCGAUGGGAUUUGGGACGUGAUGUCAAGCCAGCAUGCAGUCGAUGUAGUUCGCCGUGGACUUCAGCGACAUGACAACCCUGAGCGUUGCGCUCGAGAUCUCGUCCUGCGGGCUUUGGGAUUAGACUCAUUCGAUAAUCUCACCGUUGUUAUUGUUUGCUUCUCUAGUUUCCAUAGGGACAACUCUCCACAACCACAGCAACGAAAAUUGAGAUACUGCAGCCUCUCUGCUCAAGCCCUUUGUAGCUUGCAGAGAUCGUUGGAUAAGAGUGGAUGCCAAUGAGUCUACCAUUUCCUGUAACAACUCUCAUUUGUAACAAACAGAUUGAAGAGUUCAGAACUGCUAUCCCAUUCAUUGUGAUGUAAAUAAUUUUUUGAGAUUAAGAACAUAUAUAACCCAAUAAAUCAGCUGGACUCGGAA